GACCACCUUCGCUGACCCGAGGCCAUGUAGGCCCCACCUGGGCCUUUGUGGAUAGACACACGGCCGGGGACACUGCCUCUGCUCUCUGGGGGACGCAGCGUACCACCAUGCCCCGGGGAAUCGCCUGGCUGCACUAUCUCGGGAUCCUCCUUGGCAUGGCCUUAGGGAACAGGGGUUUGGAGAUGUGGCCCUUGACCCAGACCGAGGAGUGCGCCGUCACUGGCUUUCUGCGGGACAAGUUGCAGUAUAGGAACCGUCUGCAGUACAUGAAACACUACUUCCCCAUCAACUACAGGGUCAGCGUGCCUUAUGAGGGGGUGCUCAGAAGGGCCAACAUCACCAGGCUGCAGAAGGCCCGGGUCAGCCAGCAGGAACUGCGGUACCUGUGGGUCUGGGUGAGCCUCAGCGCUACUGAGUCGGUGCAGGAAGUGCUGCUCGAGGGCCACCCAUCCUGGAAGUACCUGGAGGAGGUCCAUACGCUGCUGCUGGACGUGCAGCAAAGCCUCAUGGAUGUGGAGGUCGGCCCCAAGGUGGACGCGGUAGUGUCACUCCUGAGUGGCCCGAGGCUAAGCCUGAAGCUGGUGCGACCCAAAGCCCUCCUGGACAACUGCUUCCGGGUCAUGGAACUGCUGUACUGUUCUUGCUGUAAACAAAGUUCCGUCCUAAAUUGGCAGGACUGUGAGGUGCCGAGCUCUCAGCCCCAUAGCCCAGAGCCCUCCUCACAGUGCGUGGCUACCCGGCUAUACCCUCUGUCCCAGAGGCCCCCUAUCUCCCUGCCCCACUCCCCGGGAUCCACGCCCGGACCCCCGGCUCAGUGAAGCUGCUGAGGGCACAGGCCGAGGCCUCUUGGCCCAAGCAGCCUGUGUGGGGCAGCGGGAGGUUCUCCCGCAGUUUGGUUGAGCCUGAGACUUGUCUGGGCAGUGGUGAGGAGCCCCCCCCUCCCCCCCAGGAGAGUGUUUUUCCUUUGAGGGGAUUCUGUGCCUGAGAAGGGUUCGGCUUCCCGCAUUCUGUACCUCACCUGGUCUCACCUGGAGCAGCGGGGGCCUGGGGGCACCUGAACAUGGACAGAGUUCUCCUCCCCUUCCUGCACCACCUGGGCUGCCUCCCUUGCCUGGAGGUGGCGCUGAGCGUCUCCCGUGGCCUGCAGAGGUGAAAACUGUGCCGGGUGGGGGGGUGGGGGGUGAGCAUGGGGAGAGGGCAGGAAGCCCCACACCACGUCUUGCCACAGUGGAUGCUCUUCCAGUUCCUCUUAUAUUUUCUAUUAAACACUUGCUUGUUUUGGUUUGGUUUGCGUCUGCAAAGGUGAACCCCAGAGGGCAGCGAGCCUCCAAGUUCCAGUUCCAGCCGGUCAAGGGUAGGAUGCAGGAGCAGGGGUGGGCUGGUCGGGCCCUGGGGCUUGGGUCUCAACACUGGGAUUUGGAAUGGAUGAAGCCUUACCUGGCGGCCUGGAAACAGUAUUCGAGGGCCUGAGUUUCUUCCAGGCCUGCCCUAGUGGCUGGGGCCUCAGAGCCAGACCGAGGGGUUCAGGGGGUCAGGGAGGUCUUCCUCUGUGUCCCCUGGUCGCCCUCCCUGGCUCCACGGGGCCAGGACAGAGUGGAGGUGUUCAAAAGCAUGGGUCCUGGCACAAGACCCGGCCCCUCCUGCCCCUGCAACACGGACCCCGUGCUCCCCAGGCCGGCUCGGGGGCAGGACAGGGCCGGGAGCAGCGGUGCAGGGAGCCAGGCGGAGGCAGGGCUGUUAAUUACAGUACAACUUUAUUAAUACUGGAGUCUUCACAGUGCAUUUGUUACUCGUAGCAGUGACUAUUUCAAUCAGGGGGGGGGAGGUGGAAGGGGCAGGGAGGCGAGGAGAAUUUAUCCAAAAACGGACAGAAAGAAAAGAAAAACAAAAUGGGUCAGAUGGGAUGGGGGGGGGGGGGGGAGGGAAGAAAGGGUGAGUAGGAACCAGGAGGGGAGACCCGGGUGGGGAAAUAAAUUAAAAAAAGGAACAAGUUAACAACAGCACCAGAAAAGUUACUUCAGUCAAAAGACGCUUUUGAAAAGAAUAUUUCUCUGUACAAAUGAAAAAAAAAAAAAAAAAAAACACGAAGUCCCCCAAACCAAAGUUUGUGAUGCGGGAUGGUUGGCUCGGAUCCCAAGGGGGUGGGCCUAAGAGGUGGUCACUAAAUGGGAGACAGAUAGAUAGGUGGUCAAGGGAAUGGGGGAGUUAUGUACAACCCUGGGGUGGCUGGGAGGAGGCCUGAGCCUGGAGGCGGGGUGGCUCUGCCAUGCCCACCCCCUCCUUGGGCCUCCCAAGCCACCCCUCCACCCCUUACCCUGCUAACAUCACACAUCCUGCAUCUUACUCCCUCCACCCACCAGGUAAACGCCAGCACAGCCCUGCGGGGAAGGGGCAGUGUAAACCCCAUCCCGGGCCUUCCCCAAUGGGCCACCUGCCCUCCCGGCCUCUUCAGGCCCUCCCUCGCCUGGGCCCUCUCUCCAGGCACCCUAACCUGGGCUCUCCGGUUGGCUGGAGCGUUCAGCAAGGCUGUUCUCAGACCUAGCAACUUACAGAUACCAUUCUCCGUCUGCCCUUGGGAGCCUGGGGGGGCUCCAUCCACCCAGGGGCUGCCUUGGUUCCCCAGACCUGCCUGACCACCCUGCUUGGAUCCCGGUUCCCUGCAGAACUACCAGGAGCUCCAGCCUGGCGCUGAGACUCAGACCCAACCCCAUCCCAUCCCGACCAGGAAAAGCCUGCUCUCCUGACCUCGGGAGCCCCACCCCCCCAGCCCACCCUGUGGUCCCUCUGCCCUCUGAGCCCGGCCACCCUCUCUGCUGGCCUGCAGGACAACAGGAAGCCCUCCACUCGCCCUAGACGCACCUGCUUCUACCUGCUUCGAGUUGGCGGGCACCCCCACCCCGCACCCACUGCCAGCACAGGACUGGACUCCGAGGGGACUGCACCAGGAUGGCAUCUCCUCUGGCAACAGAGAGUCAAAGCCAAGCUCCCUGGACCGCACCCCAGCCCCAUCCAAGGAGACCUGCUGCCUGCCCCCCCACCCUGGCCCUCUCCAACCUUAUUUUGGCUUUGGGGAAGCCAAUGUGGCCCUCCUCCUCCUGCCAUGGGCCCACCAGGCCACUGUGAGGACCCUUGUCGCUCAGGCACUCUCGGACACCCUGUACUGUCCACCCUGUCCCCACACACAGUCCUUGUCCAGUCAGCUCUAUUAUUAUAUUCAUAAAAUAACCCCCACACCCUCUACAGCUCCAGCCCCUAUCCUCAAAGGUGCCCGAAACCACCUUUGGACCAAAGUGCCACCAGAGUUAAAUGCUCAACGUGCCCAGGUGAGGACCACACAUCUGAAAGCAGCUCCUGGAGGGCUGGCCAGAUGCCCCUCGGGCCUCUGGAUUCCUUCCCUGCUGCCCUGCCUCUCAGCCCCAGGCACACCUCCCCGGCGAGGGGAAGCUAGGACCUGAGGCCCCUCGGGCUCCACAGCCACCUCCAAACAGAUCCCCAAGACUCAACUUGGGGCCCUGGGCCUGUGGGCCUCUCUCGUCCACAGCAGCCUAGGCCUCCCAACCUCAACCUCCCCACCUCCAGUGCCGUUCUGUGUAGCUUUUUCAGUCAAAUCUGACACCUUAGCCGACUGGGCACCUGGCCCCUCCACAGCCAGCCUGCCUCCCUAAUCGAGAGGAACCUGGGAGAGGGGAGAGGAAAGAGGAGAGGAGAGGAGACCGGGUAGGGGCGGAGGGGAACAGUAUUCAGAAGACCCAGGCACCACUGACCAGGGAGAAGCUGGGCCAGAUGGCCUGAGCUAGGGCGGGCGGGCCCAGGUAGGCUCCCAGAGACGGGGGGUGGGGGUGGGGGGGAGAAGACAGGGGGUUGGGGGGGGAGGGCAGGACCUGUGGAAGAGGAGCAGAACAGGCAAGAAACAUAAAAAACAGGCUCCAAACCCAGUUCAAGACCUGCAGGCUCAGAGCUGGUGAGCUUUGUUAAACAAGUCACUUCCCAUUUCAAUGCUGCAAUCCAAGAUGAGUGUCUUUCCAUCCCACGUGACUUAAACAAAAAAUCUGAAA